AGCUCGAGUGGAGCACUAGUAAAGUUGUCGUCAUGUGACCUAUAAAUAAGAGUUUCUAGUGAAAUCAGUCAUCAAUGCUUGCUAACGGCCAAAUAAGUAGCCAUGUCAGCAAAAAUAUAAACUUUUAGGCUUUUUUUCGUCCCAACUCGAGUUAGUUUAGAAAUAGGGACAGUUUUAACAACUUUGAUAUCAGUGAGUUCGUUUUUGGUCGCAAAGUAUAACAGAGGUUAAAUGUAAAACCAUUUUGUGAAGUAGAGGGGUAAAUUUGAUCUGUUUUCCUAUAUUGAUUGUAACUUUGUCAAGAAAACUUAGAACUCUUGCGAGCAACUCUUGCGAGCAUAAUGACGAUGUUCUCUGAAUAUUGUAGACAUAUUCACCAAGACCUUGUUGUUUCCUGAAGUACAUACACAUGUACACAACUUGUAUGCAAUUGUCUGCACCUGGUUGAAGGUUGUUAGAUAACUAUAGGAUUCGAUCAAUGACCCAUACAAGUAAUUAGGAUGACAGAUAAGAGGUGUGAGGUUUGUGGCCAUGAAUCCUUUGAUGAUGGCGGUGAUGGAUUCUUCUAUUGCUCUCGUUGCGGCUCUCAAGUGAAUGACAUCAUUGACACUGGUGUUGAUGAGGACGACCUAUUCAAUCCAGAGGGAAUGUACUCCGCCAGUCAGCGCCGUAAAUAUACUAAGGUCAGUCAACCUGAACCUCAGGUAAAACUCUCCCAGCAUUCGGAGAAUUUAAAAACCGAAGAUGACUAUGACGAGCAUAAUGGAGAUGAUGGAGUUGGGCCUGCUGAGCCUAGUGAUUUUGGAUCGUCUCAAAUCUCUUUGACUUAUAGAGACUAUUAUUCGGCGAUCCGGUUAAGGUAUGUUAUGGGGGUACAAGUUAUGAUCCAAUUGCAGUGCAAAGCUCUGGUGGAGAAAUUUAACGUAAGCCCUCUGAUUUUUGGGCUUGUUGGGCCUAUUUGGUUGAGACUAUUGGCACAUGAAAAGAUUAUGAAUGAUGAGUGGGCGGACAAUGUCAUUCACGAAUCAGAGUCUCAAACUCAAGGUGAAAUAGAACUUUCUCAGCCAACUGGCAGCAAUAAAACAGAACCUCACAAUUUACUAGGAAAGCGGGCAGUAACCAUAUGGCAUAAAUCUUUGAGCAGCAUGAUUCCGUUACCUUGUUCUCUGGCUAUCUCUUUUCUUGUUUGUCACGUGGCAAGGGAAGCAAUCUUGCCAACAGACAUAUUGAAGUGGACGUUAGAAGGAAAGCUCCCAUAUUUUUCUGCUUUUCUUGAAAUAGAAAAGCAACUGGGACCUCGUUCAAGGUCCUGCCCUAUCAGUACCAGUCGUAUGUUCAGGCCUAUCAAAACUAUCACCUUGCAAAAGUUAGAGUCCCUUGCUGCCUCCAUCGCCAGGAAAAUAGGCUUGGAAUUGCCUUCAGUGAACUUCCAUGCUAUAGCUUCCCGUUAUCUCAAGCACUUAUCGCUUCCUGUUGAGAAAAUUCUUCCUCAGGCAUGCCAAGUGUAUGAGUGGUCUAUGCCUCCGGAGUUGUAUUUAUCAGAUAACAAGCUCAGGCUGCCGUCUCGUGUUUGCGUGAUGUCUAUACUGAUUGUGACAAUGAGGAUUCUUUAUGACCUAAAUGGCGGAAAAUGGGAAUUGAUUUCAUCUCGUUUCAAUAAUUUAGCGUCUGCAGAUGAAGACGAUUCUGCUUCACAUGGUUCAGAUCUUCAUGAUAGUACAUCAGAUAUGAAUAAAUAUAAUUACGAUGCUUUGAAACUCUUGAAGAUUCUUGAAGAAAAAUACAAUGAGCUCAGUGAUACAUAUGAUUUUUCAAAAGAUUUACAAUCAUAUCUUCUGUACUGCAAAGAUGUGGUUUUUGCUGGACUAGAACCUGCUUAUGACGAUCAUGAAGAAGAAAGGAUAAUAGAAGAUUUAUGGGGCUUCUAUCAAAGCCAUAAGGCUGGCAAAGCAUCAGAAGAUGGGAAAACAGACUCCCAUACUUGCAAUGGUUUUCACCAUAGCGGAUCCAGUCAUGGCUAUAGCAGCACACCAAAAGAAAGUGAGAACUUUAGGGACAGUGGAUGCAAAUGCAAAAUGUCAAAGGAUGACGCUGAUUCAAACACAGUUAAUUGCUCGCAAUGCGGCUUGGAGGAAACCGCGUUGAGGCAGCUGAAAGAGGAUAUGAAAGAGAAUCGAUUUGUUUAUAUACCACCGAGGAAAAAUGUGAAGAAGAAAGACGGCUACAUCAGAUACGCUAGAAAGAGAGACGGGGCUUUUCUUUAUGCUGUGCAUGCUGAUUAUUACAUAUUACUUCGAUCUUGUGCUAAGGUUGCACAAGUUGAUGUUAGGACUAUGCAUGUUGGAGUAUUGACUUUUGAGAGAAGAUUGGAAAUGCUAGAAAGAAGAAUAGAUUUUUGCUUAUGUAAGAGACUUCCCGAUGAUUUCUGUGAAUUUUGUCGCAAUGAGUAAUGAAAUUCAUCAUUUUUGAGCCAAUUGCCGUUGUGGAAGAUUUGGUUUUGUUGUCCAUUACAAAUGUUAUUUUAGUUAUUUGCUCUUUUCAGGGAAGAUCAGUAAAAAAUAACAUAAGAGAUCUGUAGAAAUAACACAGGAGAUCAAUGUAGAGGCAUUUUCUUUCAUUCCGAUAUUAAAUGAGCAUAUGAGGUCAUUCCUCGAGCGGAUUUGAAGCUUAUUGCUAGUUUUAAAUUCUCUUAGUCGCUUUUGACUAAUUGAAAUAUUGUUAAACUCUAUUAGAGAUGAUAUUUUCAUGGGAUGUUUACGGAUAUAUAUAUAUAUAUAUAUAUAUAUAU